AUGAUCCACAUCCAGACCGCUUAUCCAAAAUUUAGAAAGAGAACAAAGUGGCUGCAGGAUAAGCACAAUAGCACUUUCAUUCAAUGGCUACGCUUCAAGGUUCAAAGUGAACUUAAUGAGGACAAUCAUGGCGUAUCAGAAAAUUUAAGGUGGCUAGCAGCUGGUCCAAACAUGGCAGUGCCAUUAUAUAGGAGCUAUCUCAUUAAAGGUAUUAAAUUCAACAUCAAGGCACAAGAUGAUGUGCGGACAACUCAAAAUAGUGGAGUUUAUUUACUUGCACAUACUAUGCAAGUUGCUAGUGCCAAGGAUAAAAACCCAAUUCUCUCAAAUAUGGGUUUCUAUGGUGUCAUUCAAGAAAUUUGGGACCUUGACUACCAAAAGUUUACAAUCCCAGUCUUUAGGUGUGAUUGGAUUGAUAAUACUUCUGGUCUUGUAGUGGACGAACUUGGAUUUACCCUUGUAGAUUUGAGUAAAAUUGGACAUAGGAAUGACCAAUUUGUUUUGGCUUCUCAAGUCAAACAAGUAUUUUUUGUUGACGACCCGAUGCAUCGUGGUUGGUCGGUAGUGUUAUCAAUGCCUAAUAGAGAAUAUAAUGAUGUUAUUGGUGAUGAUGUCUUAGGUGAUGUGAGAAUUGAGUGUGAGCCAUUUACUAGGGGGAUGCCAAAUGUUGACACAUUUGAUGAAGUGGUGGUUGAGUUAGGGAGUCAAAAUAUUCGAGAUGGGUGUGAAGAUAUAUGGGUUGAAUGA